AUGGGCUACUUGACUCGGUCCAGUCGCCGAGUUAAUUCUCAAUCCGCGAAACCCGCGAAGCAGCGCAAGCUUCCAGAACCUAAAUCGCGUCUGAAACGCGCUGAUUCCGCGCACCCUGGCAAUGCGCCAAUAACUGAACCGAAAAAGUCCUCUGAGACUGUAUGGGAGGACCCCCCGGUCGCACGCGCGCGCCCGACUGAGGCCGAGGCCGAUUCCACCACAGACAAGAACCCCAUCCAUACCAUGAAACCGAUCGGCCAGUACCCAUCUCCCGCAGAGUAUAAAAGCGUUGGCUUAAAGCCUCCUCCUAAACAUGUCCGUAAGGUCAAUAAGUGGGUGGCGGACACGGACGAGGAGGAGGAAGACUUGAUGACCACCGACACCCCUAUGACACCGACUGUGGAGGAAGCCAUGCUCUCUGAUGUCUCUUGCAUUGAUAAGCAAGGUGAUCGGUUUACAAGGGGAGUAAAUCCAGUUGCACUAAAGUCCUCCAUUGAGAAGAUGGCCAGACGGAAUUUAGGUGUCAGAGUGAAUGGAGCGAAUGGAGAAGUGAAUGGAGACGACACAGACAAAACAAAUUUGGCGACUCCGGUUUCCGAAGCCUUUGAUCUCCAUCUGCUUCCUCCAUCGACGGCACAUCCAUCUCUUUCUCCGGCAGAGACCCCCGUACAGACCCCCGCUGACGAGAUCUUGACCGACUCAUUCUUAACGGUGCCUGACACUCAUCUUUCCGCACCCGACCCCGACACCCCCUUACACCAAACACAAUCACCUCCAGCUACGGCUAUAGCAGACGCCGGUAUGGCCUCAGAGGCUGAUAAGUCUACGACUGGUCGUAAUUUUACUGAUGUAUUAAAUCACAUCCCUCUGCCAGUAUCCGACGUCUAUGAUGUUCCUCAGCUUAGGAAGGUCUUAGAGGCCGCCAUUUCUCAUUCCAAGGUCAUAGGCGAUGACGAGGUUGCGCUGAGUCUUGCCUACUUCUGGUCUGAGGUGAAAAGCGACGAAUUUAAGUUAGCCUUGAUUCAUAACAUCGGUCGAGAGGAUACUGAUCACCGACUGGAGCUCGCGUUACGCACGAUUCUCAGUCACUCAGUGCAAGAGGCUGAUCAAUGGUACAAAGCUUUCAGUGCGAAAUGUGCUCACGCGGAACUCCGCCCUGAAUACGAAUCAGACACUAGUUCCAGUUUGUCUUCUGCGAAGUCUGUCGCAGCAGAGCCAGGCAAGCCUUCUUUCAAAGUUUCUGACAUCUACCGGGACACGAGUGGCCCCAAACUUGAAGAACUAUUUGUGAAUGGAAAAACAAACACUGCUCCUUACAAACGCCCUAAGAAACCGGUUCGUGUCAACGAAAACUCCUUCAAGCGCCGACACGAAUGGGAAUCAGACCCAACCAUGGGUGAAAAGAUGCUUCACAAGCGUGCACGCUUUGCCAAGGAGACCAACGUUGAGGAAGUCCCGGUGAAGCCCAGCUCCAUUCGCCCUGAGCUUCCCGAGCCAGAGAUGCAGCCGGAUGAGCCGGACAAAGACAUUGAUGCGACUCCUGUAUUAGGCGUCUCCCCACGCUCAAAGCGUGCAGAGGAGCGAAAGGAGCGCCAGAAGAAGCAAGAUCAGGAUAAAGGCAAAGCUCCCGCCUCGCAGAAGAGGAAUAAGCCUGCCAAGUCCCCCUCUCUUCCCGCGGGUAAUCGAUCACGGUCCCUUUCAAAUGCCAGCGCCAAACCCAAACAGUCUGCUCUGAAAAAUUGGCGACAAGACUGGAUGGGCCGGUACCGACCUGACUCGACGGACAACGAUGCAGAGAACAUCGACAACUGCGCUUGGUGCGGUGGUGGUGGCAAGUUACUGUGUUGUGACACCUGUGAAAAUGCCUUCCAUUUCAAAUGUGUAAAGACUGCCAACAAGAACUCGCUCAAGGAUCAGUGGUUUUGCCCGAAAUGCGACGCUCAGCAUGAAUUCACGUUUGCGAUCCUCGCCGCCAACGCCAUUGAAAGAACUGAUUUUUCUCCCCCCGUCGAAAUCAAAGAAUACUUUGCAGGAGUUGGCGAAGGCAUUCAAGAAGAUCCUGAUGAUUCGGAUGAUCCCAAUGGUGCAGAAGAUUCUAAGUCCAAGGAUUCUCCCACAUACAAGAGACAGACCUUCUACCAGACCGUUCCCCACAUUCCACGUCUGACUAAGCCAGCGAAAGCUAAAACCUCGACACCGGCCUACAACGAUCCCAGCCUGCUCAAGCUAAUGGAAAACGGGCAUGUGAUUCUUUGCAACAGAUGUGGCAAGUCCACGGACAAUGUGCGUCCCAUAAUCAAAUGUGAUUACUGCCCCUGCCGCUUCCACAUGGAUUGUCUUGAUCCUCCCCGUGCCAUCCCCCCUAACCCCGUCGCUGGGUGGAUGUGUCCCAACCACGUUACGCCGGAGGAUCUGCUCGCCAUCAAGUUUGUUGACGGUCAUGUUCAAGAGCGUCGUGUUCGUCGUCCCCGGAAUUUACUCCUGGUAGACGCAGAGCCCAACACCAGCUAUGAUCGGGACUCUACUUUCGACGAUGAUUGGCGGGCAGAUCGCCUUCGUUUCCCUCCUGGAGACAUGAUCAUGGAUUUUGUAUCCGCUGUUAAGGAAGAUAGAAAAAACACCAACAAAGACGUCGCUGAGCGUUUGGCGAAGCGCAUGGUCGCCGUUACUACGCUUGCAGUUAAGGACUUGGCUAGAAAUGGUGGCAAUGCGUCUGAGGAAUGGAUACAGAAUUUUGAAUCUCUUUGCGAAACCGAGGCCAAGCAUGUUCGAGAUGGCGAUUCUCGUGAGCGAGAGAUUAAAGCCGCAGAUGCUCUUCUCGACAUGCUCCACGGUGGUCACCAGCAAUCUACCCCCCUUCACUCCUCCCAGCCUGAACAGCCAGCUGAAGAGACGCCUGCACCUGUCCAGGCCGAGGAGGACUCUCCCACGACCAAGUCUGCCACCUAG